AAAAGGUUCACUCAUUCACCUGAAUAACACAUACAUUUAAUUUGUAAACUAUAGUCAUGGCUUCCAACAAAUUCUCUGCCUUGAUUUUAGUGCUUUCUCUUCUUGCCUACUCAACAUUCACUGAAGCUAAUUGUCCACCAUCACCAAAGCCAACACCUUCACCUACUCCUGUUCCACCUUCACCCAAAGGUCAAUGCCCUAAGGAUACCUUAAAGCUAGGGGUUUGUGCUGAUCUUUUAGGGUUGGUUAAUGUUGUUAUUGGAAAUCCUCCUUCAGGUAGUAAAUGUUGUGCAUUGAUUAAGGGUUUGGCUGAUUUGGAGGCUGCACUUUGUCUUUGCACUGCACUUAAGGCUAACGUGCUUGGGAUCAACCUGAAUGUGCCUAUCACUCUCAGCUUGCUCCUUAGUGCAUGUCAAAAAACCGUCCCUCCUGGUUUCCAAUGUCCCUAAGGAUUCCAAUUAGGUUGUGUCUCAUUGUUGAAUAAGUAUGUAUGUGCACUAAUAGUUGUUUCUAUACGAGGCAAAUCGUUAACAACACACUUUCUAAUACUUUCUCUGUAACAUUUUUUAUGUUAUUGGUUGAAAUUCAUGAGUUACAUUCACAUUGAAAAUUACAUGACACGUCUAAAUUAAUAAAACAUGCAUGAAUUUCAACCAAUAAAACAAAGUUUUGCAAAGAAAUGAAAGAGUGUGUUGUUAACACGUCCAUUGUCAUUGUCAUUGUCAUUGUCAUUGUUUUAUGUAGUUUGUUAAUGUGUAGUCUGUCCAAACAUUCAUCUGUGUAGAUUUCUUAACGUGUUUUGGUCAAAUUAAUAAUUUGGCAAGCUUGUAUUCAUUAAUAUAUUGUGAAAUACUAUGUUUGUUUGUCAAGUCCAAAUGUUACGUGCGUUGAGGAGCACAAUAAUUUAUAAAUACAAUUUCAUGAUCGCUA